AUGGCCUCCCUACGGCGUAUUGCUGUGGCCACGAGCUCGACGAUCAUCCGACUGACCAGCUUCAUAUUUCUACGAUGGAUCCCUGGCCAUCACUUUGUGCCUCUCGUGGUUACCUCUCUCGUGGUGUACCUGUCGUCAAUAAUCUCCUUGCUCAAGGAUACCCAGCCUCACGAAAGCCAAACGACUAAAGCUCGAGACUCGAAUAGGCAUAACUCCGUGUCUAGCCGUGCCAAAGAUGGCGAUUCUGUGCUUAAAACACUAUUGACAGGGCUGCCCUCUCCAAAGUGGCCCCUGCUGACCAGGAUCACAAUUAUAAUCAAUGUAGCCCUGGCGGUCCUGACACUUGACUUCUUGACCCGUGGUAUUCUACUUUAUUCUACCACAAAUGUUGCAUUCUCACGUAUUGGAUAUGUCUCCCCGACCACUGCCAACUUGGUCUUUCGCGAGCCGGAUUCGGCUCGCCUACCAGUGGCGGUCAUGUUCCAGGAGGUCUCUGACCUAAGCCAGGACUGGUAUGAAGAGGGCAUCGUUUACAAGCUGGAUGACUCCACCGACUUCACUACAACUGUGACCCUGACCGACCUGAAGCCGGCGACACAGUAUCGCUACUCGCUGUCCAACAACAAGUCUGGCACAUUUACCACGGCACCAUUGCCCGAAACUUCCGAAUCAAGCCGACUAUCAUUUGUAACAUCAAGUUGUCUGAAGCCAAACUUCCCUUACAACCUACUAUCGCAUCCACUACGGGUCCCGGGCCUCGAGCAAAUGACCGACGCCCUCGCCAAACUGCCCAAGCUAUUCCGUCCAUCAUUCAUGCUCUUCCUAGGCGACUUCAUCUACAUAGAUGUUCCCUGGCGCUUUGGCUCAACAAUGUCACACUACCGUAGCGAGUACAGACGUAUCUACUCAUCCCCCUCCUGGACCCACGGACCAGAAGACAACCGCGCCAUUGACCUCCCCUGGCUGCAUACCCUGGAUGACCACGAGAUCGAAAACGACUGGUCGCAAGGCAACACAACCGCCCCGUAUCCCGCAGCAGCAGACCCCUUCAUCCACUACCACGUGCGAGCAAACCCACCCAUUCCCGCAGCACCCUUCGCCGACCCAGACAACGUAACCUACUUCGCCUUCACCCACGGCCCAGCCUCAUUCUUCAUGCUAGACACACGUACCUACCGCACCGAGCCCUCUUACAAGAACUCAACCAUCCUCGGCCAGUCCCAGCUCCAAUCUCUCCUCGCGUACAUCUCGACCCCAGAGCCAGCCGGCACACACUGGAAAAUCAUCUCCUCCAGCGUCCCCUUCACUAAGAACUGGCACGUCGGCACCACAGAUACAUGGGGCGGGUUCCUGGACGAGCGCCGCACCGUCUUCGAAGCAAUGUGGCGCGCAGAGCGCGAUCUAGGCAUUCGCAUCGUCAUGCUUAGCGGUGACAGACAUGAAUUCGGGGCUACUAGGUUCCCAGACCCGGAACUUAAACUCGGUCCAGAUCAGCUGUUGCCUAACACGGCCGGGCUGGGACUGCAUGAGUUCAGCGUUGGCCCAUUGAGCAUGUUUUACCUCCCCAUCCGUACAUACCACCAGACAGACUCCGAGGAUGUUAUGGUGAAGUACGCGCCGAAUGGGAAUAGUAAGUUCGGGCUUAUUGAUAUCGCGGACGAGGUUGAAGAUGUUGGUUUGACCGCUGCUGCGCCUGUUCGCGCUCGCAGCUCGGUUCUGACGUACUCGUUGUAUGUGGAUGGGGAGGUUGUUUGGAAGUAUCGUCUUAGUGUCCCAUUAGACCGCGACGUGAGUGUCCAUAGCCCGUCUCUGCCGCCGGGCCGUGUGGUUGAGGAUGACAUUCCGGAUCUGAGUUGGAGUGUGGUGCUUGGGACUGUUGUGGGACGGGUGCCGGUAUUGGCGAAGCGGGUUGUUGAGACGGUUAAUGGUCUUUACUAUCAACUUGCAGAUCGACUAGAGAAGAUGGAGAGACUUGAUUAG